AUGAUGAAAUGUCUCCAAGAGCUGCGUGCCCGGCAAAAGUCAGUAUACGCAAUCGCAGUGAUUGAGCUGGAGAGUAUAACGGACCGCGAGCUUGAACGAAUGCAUGAACUGGGAGUACGGGGUAUCCGGUUGAACUUCCAAGCGGACGGCAAAGGUCUGGAUGUCUCUCGCCUGCUGGAUACACUGCAGAAAGCAGCAGACCGAAUAUGUCACUUGCGGGGUUGGAUGAUCCAGCUGUUUGUCCCUGGAUGGGCAUGGAACAGUACGAUGUUGGAUCCUUCUUUUAUCCAAUUUUCUCACUAA